AUGGACGACUCUGAAGUCCUUGGGAAAGAACCCCCACCACCGGUGGAGGAUGAUCGGUCAACAAAAAAGGCCAGAUUUAGGGAGGAAGUGGAUGAUGCAGGACCCUCACGCUCUCAAGUAUCAUUUAGAGACAAGCUAAUGGAAUCUAACGUGAAUCGGGAAGAAGAGCUGACAGGAAACUCAAAGGACUUGGAGAUGACAACAGAUGAUGUUAUGGUUAUAAGGGAAGGAUAUAUGCCAUCCAUUGCUUUUUCUCAGAAAGUCCACGAACAAUUGAUCAAACCAUGGAAGAAUACAGUGGUGGUUAAGUUGUUAGGCCGUUCCAUUGGGUACAAGACUUUAUGCACAAGAUUGGAGUCUUUAUGGAGUAUGAUGUCGGAAUAUACGGUCAUUGAUUUGGAGAAUGACUAUUUUCUGAUUAAAUUCAAAAAUGAGGACGACACUAUUCAGGCCCUCACCAAAGGUCCUUGGACGAUUUUGGGUCACUACCUCACAGUCCAAUCCUGGACUCCAGAUUUCGAUUGCAUGGAGGAAAAGAUUAGGUCUGUUACUGCUUGGAUAAGGCUACCCGGAAUGCCCCUGCACUAUUAUCAUAAGAGAAUUUUGAGGUUUAUGGGGCAAUUGAUAGGCAAGGUUGUGAAGAUCGACUAUAAUACGGAUUCGGCUGCUGGAGGAAAGUUUGCUAGAAUAGCAGUCCAGAUCGAACUUGAUAAGCCAUUAUGUUCGCAAUUUAAACGUGAUGGUAAAAUACAAAAUGUGGAAUAUGAAUGCUUGCCAAAGAUUUGCUUCGUCUGUGGUUGUUUUGGCCACAUGAGUGGGUCUUGUCCGACAAGAAGUUCCAUGGAAAAUGAAGGGGAAAAGUCUAAUGCAGAAGAAACUCAUGGUGGUGCCGGUGAUACGGAGGUGGCGACGGAGGAGAACCCCAAUUUCGGGCCCUGGAUGCUUGCGUCUAGAAAGGGAAAGCCGAGGAAAUCAAGGGAGGUGUAUCAAUCACGGGAAAAUGGGAGUCUGAUUGGGGAAAGGAAUCAGAGAGAAUCACGGUUUAAUGUUUUGGAGGAAAUUGAAGUCAACGAGGGAACCACUUUGAAUGCAAAUAAUGGGUUUCUAUAA